AUGUCGUCGUUGUUCUUGGAUACCUUAGGCGAUACUCUCAAGCAAGUGAAUGUCGACGGGACUCUAUCGUUUUACGGAAUCGCGAUUGACUCAGGUCUCUACGAACGACUCACCAGAUCGUGGGUGCACAUCAGGUCAGUAACAUUUAAAAUGUCACAUUCAGAACAGAUGAAUUUCUUGGACUUUUUAGUCUGA